GUAAUAAAACAUAGUCUCUGAAAUACUAAAAAAUAAAACAAUAGAGGAAUCAGAAAGUGUAUUCAUGACUUCAAUUUUAUUCAUCAACUCGAUGUGUUAAGAGAUAUAAUCCAAUUAGGUGUUACAUUUAGUGCACUGGUGAAUCAACACGAUGUCAUACAUAACUAUACAUCGUCUUAUCUGCAUACUGUGUGUGAUUUCAUCAGCUAUUGCUUGUGUCUUCUUGUCAGAUGAUGCAAAACCAAAGGGACUGGAGGAACGGGCCCUGGACUCAGAAGUGGUCCUAGCUGCUUACACGAGGACAGUCUACAGAAACAGAAACAACACCACAAGUUACAGUGCAGAAUUUCUCGUGUUCAACAUAUUGAAAGGGGAAGGUCAUGUUGUCGAAGUGUACCAGAAGCGGAAGCCCUCCUCUCUGGAAACAGCCCUCAACAGGAGGUUGGUGAAUGUGUCCAACUUCGGAGAUCCAACCAAGUGCCAGUCCGAUGUGAGUCCUGGUGAAACUUACAUCUUGUUUUUGGAUGUUCUCGUCACUGGAGAGUUGGGUGCGCGAUAUGACGGGGUAUACGGUCCAGCGGUGUUGUACUCAAGGGACAAGGAGAUGGCCUUGGAAACUAUAGGAUCGAGUCCAUGGAGUGAAUGGAGCCCGUGCAGCGGCAGUUGCGGCGGCGGAAUCCAGCAGAGGAGGCGGCAAUGUGAUGGCGGCACGAAAUGCUCGAACAAUGAAGGCCAACAGAGGACGUGCAACAUGUUCCCAUGCACAAGCGUGUUGAACAUCUUGGAGGCUGCAGACUUCCAUCGUUCUCCCCUCCGGCCACCAGGGCGUCCUACUGCCUACCGCUUACUGGCCAGUGGCUCAUGGCGCUCCAGGGAAGAAGAGCUACUAUUCCCCAGAACCUUCCCUUGGGAAUUCUCUCUGCUGGUCACCGUCCAUCUCAAGCCAGCCUCAUCGGGGGGAUUUCUUUUGCGGGUUCUGCAUUCAGGAACACUACAGGUGGGAUUGUAUAUUAGUGAUACUCUAACCUUAGUACUGUCGGACAAGGAUAAUGUGCGAGUGAGCUUUGUGAAGCCACUGUCUGACGACCAUUGGCACCAACUUGCAUUCAGCGUCCGUCGCAACACUGUCUCUUUCUACCUGAACUGCGAAUUCAGCGGUAAGCUUCCUCUACCAGGCAAGAUCCGGCCAUUUGGUGGCCAGCCAGCAACCGUCAUUGUCGGGAGCACUGGUCCUCAAGAACUUGAUGCCUUUCAGGGAGACAUUGAACAAAUUACGAUAACAGGAAGUCCAGAUGCUGCGGAAAACCAGUGCAACUCGACGACUCAACCUCUGCAUUUUCGCACCGCUGACCGUCAAGAGAUUCGGUCUCGACCUAUUUCUAGCAUCCAAAGUGACCAACUGCCACUGCGAGGGGACAUCAUUGACGACGAGGAUUUCAGUUUCGAAGAAUCCGGAUCGGGUCACAAGACAACGACAGUAGAUGACGAUUAUGAUGACUAUAAUGAUGAAGAGGAUGAUGUCAAAGCCGAUAGUUCAAAAAAAAAACCCAAGAUACCAAUUAAAGCAGAAACAACAGAUGAUGAAGAAAGUAAUUCUGAUGAAGAUGAAGAAACUGAGAGCGAUGAAAAAGAAAAAGAAGAAAAUAAUUCUGAUGAAGAUGAUGAUGAGGAAACUGAUAGCGAUGAAAGAGAGAAAGAAGAAACUAUCCCUGUAAUUACAAGUAGCACCACAUUUUCUCCUUUUGAUGACCAAGAAUUGAAAGUAUCUGACAGAAAAAAUAACGAAGCUGAUUAUAAUUACGAUCAUAUUGAUGAAGAAUUUGAUCAAAACGAAAAAGACGUUGAGGGGUCAGGCGCAGGUACUCAAUUUGAGUUAGCAUGGUCCGAAUGGUCCCCGUGCAGUGCAACAUGCAGUUGGGGCCGGAGAUCUCGCACUUCUUACUGCUUGGACAACGGGCUGAACUUGGAGAGCUGCACUGAGGCAAGUGCCCGCAGGUCCGAGACAGAAGCCUGCUUCCUGGGUCUUUGCCCUACCACACCCUCAACAACCAUGACGACGAUAACUACGACCGCAACUGAACUGAUUCUAACUACAAAUGUGUCAGUGCCCGUCUACAAACUGCGGUGUAGAGUGAAAUGUCAUCAUGGUGGUACGUGUUAUCCUCCCCACACAUGCUACUGCUCAAAAGGUUAUUAUGGAAGCUUGUGCCAGUACGCAAAGCAAGUUUGUAAGGUGAACUGCAGAAAUGGCGGAAUCUGUCACCCACCAGCCACUUGUGCCUGUGCCAAAGGAUACAUCGGAAAUGAAUGCCAAUACCCUGUAUGCAAACCUUAUUGCUUGAAUGGAGGAAUUUGCAUCUCUCCUAACACAUGCCGUUGCAAACCAGGAUAUGUUGGGAAAUCGUGCCAAAAAGCUGUCUGCAAGCUAGGUUGCAAGAAUGGAGGAGAAUGCGUAGCUCCUAACAAGUGUGCGUGUCGGUCAGGAUUUACUGGAGCUGACUGCGGGCAAGCUCUCUGUGAACCCGGAUGUCAAAACGGAGGUCAAUGUGUUAAACCCUAUUUCUGUCAUUGUCCAUCUGGAACAAGGGGCUCCUUUUGCGAAAAAAUUUUAUGCAAGCCCGAGUGUCAGAACGGCGGCGUCUGCAUCGGGCCGGAUCGAUGUUCUUGCCCCCGAGGCUACGCUGGGUAUUUUUGCGAGCAAGUCUACUGCCCUGGCGGUUGCCUGAAUGGUGGUAAAUGCAGUAAAUCCGGAAAAUGUUCAUGUCCACUUGGUUACAGUGGCUUACACUGCGAAAUAAGGAAGCCUUGCAAGUUUGUGGAAGUCAAGGAGCCGUACAAGCGGGGCUAUAAGCAGAAAGUUGCCACACAAGUCAAAGUCCCUUGUGGUGCCUGGGGAUGGAAAAUGUGUACAAAGACCAAAGUCCACUACGAAAUGGUUUACAAGACUUUCUUCAAGACGUCUUACGAGUGCGAGGAGGUGCAACAGAGCAAGUACCCGAAUUACCAGAAGCUAAAGAAUGGAUGAGGAAGGGAGCGAAGUGGAGCUGUGAUCAUCGUCACGUUGUCAGAAGUAGCUGUUCAUCGCACAUUAUCUCAUGUUCCUCGUCUCUGUCUCCAUUCGAAUAAAGCGCUGUUUCU